AUAAAAGCGGUGGACUGUCAAAAGGUUUCCUGCAAAUCGAGUAAUUGGUACGACUUUCGGAUUUUCCUGGCCAAAUCUCCCGCUAAAAGAGUAUCAAAAGUGCAACGUCCCUGCAAAUGAAUUCAGAGUGUCGGAUUUGCAUGACCGAGAAGAGAAAUGCAGACUUUGUGGAUAUCUUUGAGUAUAGCAUCAUUAUCGGGAAUACUGAACUUUAUCUCUAUGAUGCCAUCCAGGAGCUCACGGAUUUGAAGAUCACCAAGGGUGAUGGAAAGCCGGAAGUAAUUUGUCCAGAUUGCGAAAAUCGCCUCCACAAUGCAUAUGAACUGAAAAUUCUGGCAGAGGAAUCAGACAAGAAGUUCACGAAGGAUUCAGAGGAUAAGCAAGAGGGGAUACCGGAGAAAAGGACAAUAAUCGAACGGUAUGAGUACAAUGUGGUGGCAACAGAUGAAGCUGAAGAAACGAUUAAGGAAGAAAGUAGCGAAGAUAUAGAUGCAGUAUCAUUUGUCCUGAACCACAUUCCACAAACCCUGGCGGAACUCCACAAACGUACAGAAAGCAGUCGAGUACCACGCAAAACCGUAGAUUAUAAAGAUAGGAAACACGAAUGCCAUGUUUGCUCCAAGAGAUUCCUCAGGCGAUCAAAUCUCAUUGAUCAUCUCCGUCUUCAUGCCAAUCAGCGACCCUUCGAAUGCCAAUACUGCAAUAAGAAAUUCGUACAGUCCGGGAACUACAAGUCACACCUUCGGAUUCACACCAAGGAACGUCCAUAUGAGUGCAGAAUUUGCUACAAGAAAUACAAUCAGCCCAGUGCCCUCAAAGUCCACAUCCGGACGCACACCAUGGAGAAGAAUUACGUGUGCUCGGUUUGUGAGAAGCGCUUUACUAACUCAUCGGAUCUCUCGAAGCACAAGAGAAUCCAUGACGAUGUCAAGAAAUACAAUUGUCCCUACUGCACCAAGGACUUUGCUCAGAACGUCAACCUCAAGAAGCACAUCAGAAACAAUCACAAGGAAUUCCUGGAAGGACCUAAGGACCAAGCGGAAGUGGUUGAAAAAGACGGAACAGUUGAAAUAAUUCUGUAGCGUAGAUAUAUAUUUGUAUCUCUUCCCUAUUUUUAAGUAUCCUUUUAGUCCUUGGUAAAAUUUCUUAAAAUAUAUGUUAAUCUCUUAGCAAGACUUACUCUC